UUGGGUGCAAGGGGAGAGAGAGGGAGGAAGCGUUUGGCGGAGCGUUAUAAAAGGCACAGGACACAAGACAUCGGGGCACACACAUCCUCUCUGGACUGAGAGCUGCACCUGCCUGCUGCCAUCGCGUGCUCUGAGGUGUGAACGCUUUGGUCCCAAGAUCCGUCACCAAAACACACGGGUUUCCUGGAAGGAAGAAAAAGAAUAUACAUAUAAGAAAGAACAUCUGAAAGGAAAAUCAUCAACGGAAAAUAAUCAAAGUAGUACAUCCGUUUUGAAUAAAGAGUUCAAGAAAGAAUAUAUGUACGAGCCAAAAAUGUUGUAAGAAUAAUAUCUACAAGGAAAGAAAGGGUAAACAAAAUAAGGGCAUCUGCUAAAAGACGAAAGCCUCGUCGAAGCACGACACCCAGAACAAUAGAAGGCAAUACAAAUACCCGUACAAAGAAAAAAGUAUUAGAAUAAAGGAGAACAUCUUCUGCAACAACAGGCCACACAACAGCGACGACCACAACAGGAUACCACUAGCGCUCGUACUCCCCACACACGGGUUGGCACGAGCGAGGAGCUCGCCGGUGACCAUGUCUCUCGGCGUGCCCGAGCGCACCCAGGUGCGUCUCGUCUUCCUGGGCGCCGCCGGCGUGGGCAAGACGUCGAUCAUCAAGCGCUUCCUCCAGGGCGCCUUCGAGACGCGCUACCGCCCCACGGUGGAGGAGCUCUACGCGCUCGAGUAUGAGGCCGGCGGCUCCAAGAUCAAGCUGGAGGUGAUGGACACAAGCGGCAGCUACCGCUUCCCGGCCAUGCGCAAGCUGUACAUCCGCGACGGGGACGCCUUCGCGUUGGUCUUCUCGCUGGAGGAGCCGCAGUCCUUCGAGGAGGUGAGGAGGCUCCGCGAAGAGGUCCUCGAGAUCAAGGAGGACAAGUGCCCUCCCAUCGUGGUGAUCGCCAACAAGGCGGACACCCAGCCGCCGCAGCCUCAGCAGCCUCAGCAGCCGCAGCAGGAGCAGCAGGAGCAGCAGGAGCAGCAGCAGCAGCAGCAGGACCUCCACCAGCAGCAGAUCCAGGUGGCCCGUGCCACCGUCGAGCUGCAGUGGAACCAUUGCCUGGUGGAGACGUCGGCCAAGGAAGACGGAGGGGUGACGCGGGUCUUCGCUCAGCUGCUCCGGGAGGUGAACCUCCCGAGCCGCCUGAGCCCCGCUCUCCAGCGCCGUCGUGAGACUCUGCCCGUGAGGCCCCUGCCCCUGCAGGUGGCGCGGCCGCCCAUCAAGAAGGCCAACAGCUGCGUGGUGGCUUGAUUGCGGACAAGAUGGUCCACGUCCCUGCCUGCCUGCCUGCCUGCCCAGUGUCCACCCACUCGCUCGCCUGGCUCACGGCCUCAUAUGCAGUAGACGUGUGAGUGAGCCCAACCGCAAGAUGGUUCUACGCUCACACGUGAAAUGGUGUGGUGGUGAUGAUGGAAAUUCCACAUUCCCAUGGCCAGGACAUCCAAUGUUGAGCUACAACACGCAACAUUUCAAGUGUCUCACUGCUCAAACGAGCGAUGGGCGGCGCUCAUCUCUCUGUUGCAGUUCCUGAGUCAGUGGUGCAAAAUUCCAUAUUCCCAUGGCUGAGACAAUUCCACGCAUAAAAUAACCGUUGUUGUCUACCCACGAAGUAGUCCUGAUGUUGUCUACCCGGGUUGGAUGAUGGGUGGAAUUGACUCUUGACCAAGAAAGAUUAGCCACUCGUAAAUUGUUUGAGUUGUGAGUCAAGCGCCCUAUCACUGGGUAUAAAUGCAACGUGUUUCCUUUGUAUUGUAUGAAUAUAGAGCCCUCUCGAUUGGUGUUCUCGUGGGUAAGCGUGGCUCCAGGUGACUGGGAAGAGGAUUGGGUGUAACUUGGUGGUGAAAAUUCCACAGUUUUAUGGCUGCGACCAGUCUAUUGUAGGGAGAGCACUGUUGAUUUAAAAGGAGAAGUGGGGAGACACGUGUCUCCACUGUUGGCCCUAAUUUAUACCAGGUUUUCUCGAGGAUGAAUAGCCAUAGGCGCGCUUUGGGCAGGAGGGUGAUAUGGCUAUUUCGUGCUGAUUGUCCAUGAGGAAGGUGAACCAGUGUUCUACCCACUAGAACACCGGUUGAUAUAGCAUUAACAACAUUGAUGAUGUUCACGGAGCUAAUUGGAACCUGAUCUUCAUCUGACCUCACUACAUUCGCCAGAAAUGUUAAAUUAAUAUACAAUAACCAAAACUAUCACACAUUUAUAUUAUUGUGUGGCUCAUUGAAAUCCAGUUCGUGACUCCAGGUUGAAGAGGCAAGAAAGUCCACCUCAUAUUUUACAGUAUCAGGUGAUGUGUGUAGUUUGUUUAAUUGAGAAACUGGAACACUUGCAGUGGCUUCAUCACGAGCACUUUCUCACAUCGACUUAAAGACUCACACGAAGACCCAUAGUCUCAUAUAGACAUCCAUAUACUAACACACAGACCAAUACACUCACACAUAGUCUUAAACAGAGAUCCAUAUCAUCACAUAGAGACUCAUAGACUCACACAAAGACCCGUAGACGCACAUGGAAAGCCACAGAUACAUUGAGACACGUUGAGAAAUUGGAAUGCAGAUAAAGUGGACUGCCCUAGCAAUGUCGUCAUCAUCAGUGCCCUCCGUCAUAGAGACCCAUAGACUCGCACAGAGGCUUACAGCCUCACAGAGAGAUGCGUAGUCUCACACAGGAUGCGACUGAGAAAGUGGAGUGUGCUGGCAGUGGAUUCGCCAUCAGCGCUUUCUCGAGCACACGGGCGAACGCAGCCCACGCGGCUUCCCACAAAGAACCGGUCUGGUGGAAUCCAGCAUUGGUGCAUGCGUUGCCUCCUCUGCCUUACAACAAUUAUCAAUUUCCUCCAGCUAUACUGGCGUCCGGAACCGAGACUAUAACACCCGAGGCGGAUCAUGUUUCUUCCUCAAACCGGAGUCACGAAUUACCACCGAUCAAAUUAUGCAUUGUCCAUGCGAGAGGCCCUUUUACAAGAAGUGCAAAACACACUGCACUCGAUCGAUGUGGAUGCUGUAUUUCAAAAGCGUAGAAUCCGUCUGUCGUUCUAUCAAAUCUGCGUGACUCUUCCCUCCGGAUCCUAGAGGGCGCCACAAAUCGUUACCACCUCACCCCAUCCCCAUCCCUUUAAAAUAGCCGUCAUUGUAUUGUCGUGUGUGUAGAUGUUGUGCAGGUUUGACCUCGACAGUCCGGGAGCAUUGGCAUCUGUGUUCUGCUGCUGGCGUUUGUGUUGAACUUUAUUGCUGCUGGUGUUUGUGUUGAACUUUAUUGUGGCCAACUGCGCAGUCUUGACGAUAAGACUUGGGCUGAAUCAUCCGUCCGGGUUUGAUCUACAGGGUGGUCGAGAUGCCUUGUGACCCCACCCCCUCCCCCCCCCAUUUAAUGAUCUAAAACGUAAUAUGUUUGAAGUAAUGUUUAUUUAAAACAUAAAUGAAUAUGCAAGGGGAAAAACAUGUGAGGGGUCAAUCUUGAGUUGAAGCUUUCGUGACCGCAGUAACCCAUACUCUUUGGUUCUUUCGGUAAAGUCACGUAGGUGUAAAAUAAAGUAAUUCACGGCGUCAUUUAUUUUGUCUGCCUCAGCAGCAGGCCAUGCUUUCCCACCUGACGACGGACGCUUGUGUUGCGCCCGAAACGUCGUGAUUUAGUCUAUUUUAUACCUACGUGACUUUACCGAAAGAACCAAAGAGUAUGUGUGGGGUCAAUAAAUUAAUUGGAGGGGGUAACAAGUCAUCUGAACCGCGCUGUAUCGUCGACAAAGGCGGCGGCUCCAGAAUGUGCAUCCGCGUGUUUUAUGUGUAUUCGUCGUGACGUGCGUCUGUCAUUUGAGUAUUUCCCAGUGCAGUAUUUCGCCUCGCAGAGCGCACAUGUAAUGACGCAGUGACUGUAUUGCGAGAACACAAACUGUCGGUGAAGUUUUUGUUAGUGUUAUUGUUUUUUUUAUCUCCCGCGAAUCAUCUCCCUCGCUCAAAUGAGAAUUUUGGGACGUUUCACGUGCAAUUUUAAUUUGGCUGCCCUGAGCCAGCGGUGGAAAUGCCACAUUCUCAAGGCCGGAUUCAAAUAAUACUAAGACAAUAUCGGGGGGAGGGGCGGGGGGAGAUGAUGAUGGGCUGAAUUUACUAUGCUGACUGGGGGUUUAAACUCGUAACCUUUAUAGUGUGUCUAUUAUUAUAACCACCGAACUGGAUUUAUAUAUUUUUGCAUGUUACGACAUUUCUUGAACUGGACAUAUAUAUAUCUAUCAUAUGAGCAUAUAUAUACGAGUAUCCAGUAGCGGCCUUUUUAAAAUCCGCCUGAGUGUCACACUCCAAGAGAGGCCAUUUACUUGGUCCACUGAUGACAAGGAUAGUAGGCUUUGUCAUCAAGUGUUAAUCACGACACUGAGCCAUGUGGAAUCUUAGGCACAUAGGCUUAGUGUCUGAAAUGUUUGGGUCUUCAAUAUUAUUGGAAAACAAACAUUGGGAUUGUUGUAGAGGCAAGACAAAUUUGUGCCAAAUUUCGUAUUUCUAGUCAUUCUAGAAUACGAUGAGGGUUUACAUCAGUCAUCUGAGUGUAAUAAAUAUACAGUAAACCCUUGUUAAUUCUUUACAUAUGAAGCUCUGGCCUUGCCGAAUGAUGCAAUAUUCCGAAUUAUGUACAGUGGUACUCCCCAAUGCCUCCUGCCCCAAUAAAAACAAAAUUUAAAAA